AUGGUCAGUAUGGGAUGUAAGCAAAGUCAAGGUGAUCAUGCAUUGUUUGUAAAGCACUCAGCAUCAGGGAGAGUGACAGUAUUGUUGGUCUAUGUGGAUGACAUCAUAGUAACAGGAGAUGACUUAGAAGGAAUGGAGAGCUUGAAGAAACAGCUGGAUAUAGCUUAUGCUGUGAGUGUUGUGAGCCAAUUCAUGCGCAAUCCUAAAGAAUCACAUCUCAAAGCUGUGUAUAGAAUUCUGCAGUACUUGAAGGGUACACUAGGAAGAGGAAUUCUGUUUAAGAAAGGGGAAGGACUGACUCUUGAAGCCUACACAGAUGCGGAUUAUGCAGUAUCCGUGAUUAACAGAAGAUCAACCUCGGGCUAUUGCACCUUCCUAGGUGGUAACCUCGUUACAUGGAGAAGCAAAAAACAGAAUGUGGUUGCAAGGUCCAGCGCAGAAGCUGAAUUUAGAGCGAUGACACCCGGGAUAUGUGAACUGCUAUGGCUAAGGAUAAUCUUGGAAGAUCUGAAAGUCAGAUGGGAAGGUCUAAUGAAGCUUUACUGUGAUAAUAAAUCAGCCAUCAAUAUUGCACACAAUCAUGUGCAACAUGACCGCACAAAACACAUUGAAGUUGAAUAG